AUGAUGUUCCCUGGGCUCCUCGCGCCCCCCGCCGGGUACCCCAGCCUCCUGCGCCCCACACCCACCUUAACGCUGCCGCAGUCUCUGCAGUCGGCAUUUUCCGGACACUCCAGCUUCCUGGUCGAGGAUCUGAUCCGCAUCAGCCGACCCCCUGCCUACCUGCCCCGCAGCGUGCCCACGGCCAGCAUGUCGCCCCCCAGGCAAGGGACCCCCGCGAAUCUCACAGACACCGUGGCCUCGGACCUGGGCUCCCCUAGUCCGGGCAGCCGGCGGGGCGGAUCGCCGCAGACUGCCGUCUCCCCUGCCAGCGAGCCUACGUUUCUGAAGUUUGGAGUGAACGCCAUUCUCUCCUCGGCGCCCAGGAACGAAGCAUCCCCCGCCUUGCUCCAGAGCAGCCCUCCCAAGACCUUCAGAAGCACCUUCAACAGGUUCCACGAGGUUUUUCAUCCUGGAGCCUCAGAGGGUGGCUCAAAAACUCUGCACCUGGUCCAGACUCUGAAGGCCACCGAGGAGCCCCUAUGCAGAGAGGAGACGGGCAUGGUCGCUCGCCGGGGGCUGCGCCGGGCCGUGUUCUCCGACGUGCAGCGCAAGGCGCUGGAGAAGAUGUUCCAGAAGCAGAAGUACAUCAGCAAGCCCGACCGCAAGAAGCUGGCGGCCAAGCUGGGCUUGAAAGACUCCCAGGUGAAAAUCUGGUUCCAGAACCGACGCAUGAAGUGGCGGAACUCCAAGGAGCGCGAGCUGCUGUCCAGCGGGGGCUGCCGCGAGCAGACCCUUCCCACCAAACUCAAUCCCGCCUCCCCCGCGCACUCGAGCAGCCCGGGCAAACCUUCGGACUUCUCGGACUCCGAGGAGGACGAGGAGGGCGAGGAGGAGGAGGAGGAGAUCACGGUGUCUUAG